GCGAGAUCCAACCUGACAUGUUUGGGACGGUGCUGACGCACGAAGUGAAGCGCAUUGCGCGCAGUGUGGAUGCCGUGUACGGAGAUAGCGACCAGCAGCGCUACGUCCUUGGCAGCUGCACGCCAAGCUCGAAGAAGCUCAACCAGCUGCAACUGCUGGACGCGAACUUGUCUGUCCUGCAAACGUAUGCGCACGCCAACCCAGUGCAACACCUUGCCAUGUGCCCACUGCCCAAGAUGGCCCACCACGUGCUCACCACGUUCGUAUCAGAGCGCAACGAACCGUCCUUCGCCGUGUGGGACAUGGACAACGUCGAGUCCCCUCCAUCCACCUCCCCAGGCGCUGUGUCGCAAUUGGGUUUGCUCGCACACGUGACGACCGAAUCGGCCAUCGUUCGCGCAAUUUGGAACCCCACCGAGGACGGCAAUAGCGCGACCAUAGCGUCGCUGAAUGCGACGUCCAUCUCCACGUGGACAUUGGCAGACGGCGGCAGCGGCAAGGAAGUGGCCAAACUCGGACUCGGCGAAGGCCACAACCAACUGAACGCCAUUGCGUGGGACCCGCAUCACCGGCAACAAGUAUCGGCGACCGUCGACGAGUCCAUCGUCACGUGGGACGUUCGCUCCGGCAAGUACGUCGCCUUCCAUAGGUCCGUGCAUGUAAUCCUCGGUAGGAUUGCGCACAAAGUCCAUCAAGCGCACUUCCAAUGCACAAGGGACAUCGACUACAACCCGAACAAGCCAUAUUACAUGGCCAGUGGCGGCGACGACGGCCUCGUCAAGUUCUGGGAUAUUCGCAAACCCAAGGCGGCGCUGCUCACGUUGCCGAGUCAUAGCCACUGGUAUAUUUCUAUCUAUAUAUAUAUAUAUACAUGCCCUGAUAUUUUAGAUGAUAUAAAUGUAUAUAUAUAUAUAUAUAUAUAUGAUGUGAUACGCCUUGUACUUGCUACAUAUGUGUCCCCUUUGUGUAUGUAUUUGCAUUCAGCAGGAUCUAUUCCGUCAAUUCGUAGUUUUUACAUUACUGGUCGAGGUAUUCCCAUUUACAUACGUCGUAUAUAUUGUAUAUAUGUCUGUGAGUGAGUGAUAUUUUAGCGUUGUAUUUGUAUAUUUACAUAGUUACUGUUGAUAUUCAAUAUAUGUAUAUAUGUAAUGGAGUAUUAUUCAGAGUAUGCAAGCCCAAAGGUUGGAUAUAUAUAUAUAUAUAUAUAUAUAUAUAUAUAUCCAUUGGGCUUGGAUAUAGAUAUAUGAUAUACGUUUAUGUUGUUGGCAUACAUCAAUGUGUAUGAUAUCACCAAAUACUAUUUGAUAUUGAACAGGGUUUGGUGUGUCAAGUACAAUCGGUUCCACGACCAGCUGGUGCUAUCAUCGAGCUCGGACAGCUCGGUCAACCUGUGGCGGGUCUCGAGCAUCUCAUCGGCGCCGCUUCUGGACGAGUCCACGGACGCCGGCGGCAUCGACAUCGGCGACGCCAAGAUCAGCACCCACGACGGAGACCAUGAGGACAGUGUGUACGCUGUCGCAUGGGGAUCCCAGGACUCAUGGGUAUAUGUCUCGCUUUCGUACGACGGACGGGUCGUCCUCAACACGGUGCCGUCCACGGAGAAAUACCGCAUUUUGCUAUAAUAUAUAAUAUAUAUAUAUA